AUGGAUACUGCUGCGCCGCCGCCGCCUACAUCCUCGCCGCCCGACGAAGCAGAGUUUGGAUUCUGGGCCAUUCCCGUCGACUUUCCCAAAGAAGCCCUUCAUGCCCGCACUGAAGCCUUGCUUGCACAUGAUCUCCUCCACCGCCCGGAACGUUUUCUCGUCGCAGAAGGCGAUCCCGCCACUCAGGAGUCUACAACGGCGUCUUCUGUCGACGUCGCUGACGCUCCCAAUACUCCGUCCUCGGUUGCAUCCUUCGAGAUUCUCACUCCGACCUCUCCGGGAAAGUCCGUCAACGACAUGAUCCCCCCGUUGAACUCCCUUCGGUUCGAGCGCAAUUCCGACGAUGAAUAUUACGACGACGAGAAGGAGUACAACCGGGCUGGGUUGUCAGUAGAGACCGCACACACCUCAGGAUUCACAAGACUCGGACAAGGCUCGGCUGAGUCGGCGGACCCUACCAGGCUCUCAUUCGUUGCCCGUUUCGGGGUUUUGAGCGACGAAGACAGCUCGCACGAGCAUCUGAUCAAGCUUCUUGUCGAUACAGGCAUAUGGACUUACUUGGAAGACUACUUGAAGAUCUCCUCGGAAGACGGGGGCGCUUCAAACUUGGCGUACUGGCCGACGAACAUAGCCGACGACGAACGUCCCAAGCAGAGCCACCUCUACGUCAAGGACUACUCCUCCCCAGAUGUCCCCCCACCUGGCAAAGGCUUCGAAUACGUUUACAAGGCACCCACCCUCACAGGUCAUCUCAACUUCCAGCGCAAUCUCGGAGUUGUGGAAUUACCUUCAGGGCCUUCAGCUAAAGACAUGGGUGCCCCUGCGUCGUUCACCGAGUCUAUGAUUCGAAGCGGAUCAUUGGUGAAUAUCCCAGACGACCAAGAGAAAUACGGGCCUGGAGUUUACCUCAAUAUGAAUCCAUACGAGGGCGGAGACGCCUACCUGGCUAUUCCUCACUGGGGCUUCGUCUCUCGUAACCAGUUUCAAGACAUCGCCGUCGUCUCUCAACAGCCGGUGAAGGCUACGGAGUGGAGGGUUUGGCUCACAGCAAUAACAAUCAAACGCCAUGGCCCUACAAUCGAUCAUGAGGAAGUGAUCAGGAUCGUACUUAACAACGCGGUGACCGGAACCGGACUCGACGACAGGCCAAAGGCGCCGGGCCCGCCGGUUAAUGUUCUCCUCGACUCGGGUGCCUCACGCUCUUUCCUUCCGUGUUUCAUGCUCAGAGAGCUGCUCCGUGCCGUGACCAAAGGUGGCCCUCAGAGAGAGACACUUCUCCACGGAGCUACGAUGAAACGAGCACCCCCUUACAUGGUCAGAAACCCCCAGCAAGCCUCCCACUUCGGGAUCGACUUCGAAUUCAAAGGCCUCGAGGAGGGGAAGACGGUCACGGUAUCCGGAAGUUUGGCGAACUUCUUUUUCGACACCAAGUCCUCAGAAGGUAGAAUCUGGCCCAACGAAGAACACAAUGGACUGACUCCUGAUGAUCCUUCGGCCGUAUUUGGCAUGGGAUUCUUCAUGAAUAUGAUCGUCGGUCUUCACCCGGGCAAGGUCAGGGCGCCCCAGUCUAGCUCCAUCACGUCUUGUGUUCGCAUGCUUCCUAUGCCGCCUGGAGGUGGACCUCGUCUCCCUCCGAAGGCUCGGAAGUAA